AUGCCAACAAAUGAGGACGAAACUAACCGAAGUAGUAUAAGCAAUUACACGACACAAUCAGUAGAUGAGGGGAAAGAGGAAAAUCCACUACAUGCAGACACACGUAUAAACGGCAGGUUUCUUGUGAUAGUAGCUUACUUCGCUUUUUUAAUAUGGAGAUUUGUUAGCAUAGUAUUGUAUUCAGUGUAUGCCACAGACUGUUUCUUGAGAGCAAAGCUUGCCACGUUGCGGUGCGAAAACUUCACGCGCUACCCGGAUCCCAUCAAUUUUGAAAUCGCCUGGCAGUUCACUUCGGCCAUAAGCGGCUUGAUUGCAAUUGCGAUUCUGUUUAAACUCCCCAAGUUUCCUGGUUUGCAAGUCGUUUGUUCUCGUCUUCUCCGCCUGGCUCGGUUUUGGUCUUUCCUCUUCCAACUAAUCGUGGUAGUCACCUACAAUUCUAUUCUCUUCUUUCACGAACAUUUGCCUGGGAGCGCGGUCAUUGAAGUUGGAUUUAUAGUUGACGAAAUCACCGUCUUCGUCGUCGUUUGCUUGUGGAAUUUUGUACCCGCACCAUACGACGAGUUCGGCAGGUCUUCAAAGCUUUUGUACGCGUACAAUCUCUCUCUUAUCCUGUUCUUUCUGGAAAAUUUUUUUCUCUUCCUGCUGAUGUCUUCUCAGGCUGCCUUGGAUAUUACCGGUAUCCACGAGUUUGAGAACAGACCUAAAGGUUUACAGGCAUUGGGGAUCGUACUGAAUGCAACAGAGGCGACGUUUUAUUUCGCUGUGAUGAAAUUCAUGUGGAAUAAAUUGUUUGAAUGCGGCAAGUCUCAAGACCUUUUAGAGAAGGAUACCAUUUAA